CCGGUAGUGAUUUUGGCGUUGCUGUCCUGUUGAACGUUGUCUUUUGAGCCUCACCCGAACUCUUACCUUGUCCCUCGCAAGCUUCUGUGACCAUCUGGACACGGUCGGCCUCCAGACAAUGUGCUGAUCCUACUGUCAUACCACCCUUCCAUUCCCUGCGCAUUUCACGGGUACUACUUGACCGCUCGAACCAGUCCGAGAUUCUCCUGCUUGGGCCGGAGGGCCAUCUUCAGCAACCAUGGCGACCUUUCUGGACAACUCGUACAGCUUGGUCCACCUGGACAACACAGCCGACCAGCCCAGUCAACAGGACCUCAAGAACCAGUUAGAAAAGGGCACAGAUGAGUCCAAGAUGGAUACCAUGCGGAGGAUAUUGACCAUAAUGCUCAAUGGUGAUCCUAUGCCCAAUCUUCUGAUGCACAUUAUCCGCUUCGUCAUGCCCGCAAAGAGCAAGGCCCUGAAGAAGUUAUUAUAUUUCUACUACGAAUUAUGCCCGAAACACGACGCCAGUGGAAAACUGAAGCAGGAGAUGAUUCUGGUGUGUAAUGGUAUUCGAAAUGACCUGCAGCAUCCGAAUGAAUUCGUACGAGGAAACACACUUCGAUUCCUGUCCAAGCUCCGCGAACCCGAACUCAUCGAACCUCUCCUGUCCGCCGCGCAGACCUGCCUCGAUCACCGACAUGCCUAUGUGAGAAAGAACGCGGUAUGGGCUUUGGCCUCCGUAUAUCAGCAUGCUCAACACCUUAUUCCGGACGCCCCUGAGAUGCUUCAUACCUUUCUUGCAGGCGAGAGCGAUACGACCUGCAAGCGCAAUGCGUUUGCUGCAUUGAUGAGCAUCAGCCACGAAAAGGCUCUGGAAUAUCUCACUGGCGUGCUGGAUGGGGUGGUAAAUGCUGAUGAACUGCUGCAACUGGUUGAACUUGAGUUCAUAAGGAAAGAUGCUGUGCAGAACCAAGCCAACAAAGCGCGAUACUUGAGGCUGAUAUUCGAUCUGCUGGAAGCCAACACGAGCACUGUGGUAUACGAAGCCGCGACCUCUCUCACGGCGCUCACAAGCAAUCCUGUGGCAGUAAAGGCUGCUGCAGGGAAACUGAUUGAACUAAGCAUCAAAGAGGCAGACAACAACGUUAAGCUCAUCGUGCUUGAUCGAGUUGAUCAGCUACGGAAACGCAAUGAAGGUGUUCUAGAUGACCUCACGAUGGAGAUACUGCGUGUGCUUUCGAGUCCCGACCUUGACGUGCGACGUAAGGCGCUCGGCAUCGCAUUAGAGAUGGUGUCCAGCAAAAACGUGCAGGAAGUCGUAAUGCUGCUCAAGAAAGAACUAAGCAAGACGGUUAGUGAGCAAUACGAGAAGAACUCGGAGUAUCGACAACUCUUGAUCCAGUCGAUCCAUCAGUGCGCCAUCAAGUUCUCUGAAAUUGCCGCCAGCGUUGUCGAUGUAUUGAUGGACUUUAUCCAAGACUUCAACAACAGCUCUGCAGUGGACGUUAUCUCGUUUGUCAAAGAAGUGGUGGAAAAGUUUCCCAACCUUCGAUCGUCAAUCGUGGAAAGAUUGGUCUCUACACUUGGCGAAGUCCGCGCCGGCAAAGUGUACCGCGGGUCGUUGUGGGUCAUCGGCGAGUACUCGUUGCAAGAGAACGAUAUCAAGGAAGCUUGGAAACGCAUCCGGGCCAGUCUUGGAGAGAUUCCUAUUCUGGCAUCCGAACAACGACUACUCGACGAACAAUCGCACGAUGGUGAAGACGCUGAACCGAAAGAACAGGUCAACGGCCACGCAACCAAGGCACCAACCAGCGGAUCUAGAAAGGUUCUGGCCGACGGCACAUAUGCUACUGAGUCGGCGCUGACGAGCGACUCUGCUGCAAAGGCUCGACUGGAAGCGGUCAAAGCAGCUCAGAAGCCACCAUUGAGGCAGCUGAUUCUUGACGGCGAUUACUAUCUGGGCACUGUACUCUCAUCAACACUCACCAAGUUGGUCAUGCGCCAUUCCGAAAUCUCUUCCGACCAAGCGCGGACGAAUGCCCUACGUGCCGAGGCUAUGUUGAUUAUGAUAUCGAUCAUUCGCGUUGGACAAUCACAUUUCGUCAAAGCACCAAUCGAUGAGGAUUCUGUCGAUAGAAUAAUGUCUUGUGUGAGGGCUUUGGCAGAAUUCACAGAACGAAAGGAGCUCGAAACAUCCUUCCUUGACGAUACCAGAAAAGCCUUCCGAGCGAUGGUCCAAGUCGAGGAGAAGAAACGUGCAGCCAAGGAGGCUGUGGAGAAGGCGAAGACAGCAAUUCAGGUGGAUGAUGUCUUCACGAUACGGCAACUGGCUAAGAAGAGCGCCAGCGACGGAACAGAUGAUAUGGAAAUCGACCUGGAGAAGGCUACAGGUGGAGACACGUCUUUCGAAGACUUGUCGUCCAAACUUAGCCGCGUUGUGCAGUUGACUGGCUUCUCAGACCCGGUGUAUGCAGAAGCAUAUGUCAAGGUUCACCAGUUCGACAUCAUUCUUGACGUCCUCUUGGUAAAUCAAACGAGAGAGACACUUCAAAACCUAUCGGUGGAGUUUGCGACAUUAGGAGAUCUAAAGGUGGUGGAAAGACCGACCACGCAUAAUCUUGGUCCGCAGGAUUUCCUCAAUGUGCAGUCGACAAUCAAAGUGUCAAGCACCGACACAGGUGUCAUAUUCGGCAACAUCGUCUAUGACUCGCCAUCAGGCACGGACACUCAUGUCGUUAUCCUGAACGAUAUCCAUGCCGACAUCAUGGACUACAUACAGCCAGCAACCUGCUCCGAAACGGCUUUCCGAACGAUGUGGACCGAAUUCGAAUGGGAGAAUAAGGUCAACAUCAAUAGCAAGGCGACCGAAAAGACACUCCGCGAGUUCCUGGUUCAGUUGAUGAAGAGUACUAAUAUGACUUGUUUGACUCCUGAUGCCGGAUUGAAGGGCGAUUGUCAAUUUCUAAGCGCCAAUCUCUAUGCUCGGAGUGUGUUUGGCGAGGACGCAUUGGCGAAUUUGAGUAUAGAAAAGACGGCAGACAACUCGAUUGUAGGAUUUAUCCGAAUCCGUUCACGGUCGCAAGGCCUGGCGUUGAGUUUGGGAUCGCUCAAGGGUUUGAAGGCUGGGACAUAUUAGAGAAAACCCUGGUUCAACAGACGACUGAGUGGUGGUAUGCAAAAGGUCUGGCGCUCUAAAAGUUCUGCAAGAUCAGACAACAAGAGGACAAUAUAUGUCCAUAGUCGCAUGUCAGGCUGAACGAUAUGAUAGUGGACGAAAGAACAUGGAUCGAGGUUGGAAUGAGGCUAGGGGGCCAUGGAUUUGGGUCCCUAGGCUGCCUUGGCCGCGGUUCCCAAGCCUGAAAUAGGUGGCAUAUCAUCACCAGUCGAAUCCACCACUUCAAAU